AUGGCUUCUUCAAAAUGUUCUGUCGAUGGAUGUAAACGCAAUUCUGAUACUCUAUGCGAACAUUGCCAAAAUCAAGUCUGUACCAAACAUUAUAUUGAACAUGUGAAACUUGCAAAUAAUGAACUCACCACUCUUUCCGAUGAAAUCAAUUUAAUGGUUGAUAAAAUACAACAACAAGAUCUUACUCAUCAUGUUUUCGAGCAAAUUGAACAAUGGCGAGAAGAAAAUCAUCGACGUAUUGAUGAAAUAUGUGAUGAGAAGAAACGACAGUUGAAAAUUGAAAUAGGUCAAAAUAUAGAUAAUCAUAUGAAGAAACUUCAUGAAUUAACUCGAGAAGUAAAAGAAUUGAUCGAUGAAGGAGAUGCUUCAUUUAAACAAAUUGAACACAUCAAAAAUAGUAUCAAAAAAUGUCGAGAAGAGUGUAAACAAUUCGAAAUACCUCAUCAUUUUCAUUCGGAUUUAAAACUAGUCAAUUUGAAUAUCACGUUAUUCAAUCAUGAAUUAUUUAGAGGUGAUGGUACACUAUUAUCACCUGAACAUCAAUUGAAAUUGAAUGAAUUCUAUGGUAAAGAAGGACAAAUAUGGACAUUGAUUUACAAAGCAACACGAGAUGGCUUUUCUGCUUCUGAUUUUCAUCGAUGCUGUGAUAAUCAAGAUUCAACACUAACUGUUAUUCAAUCAACAGAAGGUGGUUAUCUAUUUGGUGGAUAUACAUCUGUUUCUUGGCGUUCAACAGAAGGCUAUGUUCUUGAUCCUAAUAAUCCAUUUUUGUUCACUUUAACUAAUCCACAUGGAAUUCCUUCAACUAAGUAUUCAAACAAACAUCCAAACUAUUCUAUCUAUGCUGGUAAUAAUUAUGGUCCAACGUUUGGUGGUGCUCACGACCUAUAUAUUAGUAAUAAUAGUCAAACAAAUAGAAACAACUACUUUGGUUUUCCUCAUUCCUAUAACGACACAACAAAUCGAGGUGCAUUGACUUUUACCGGUGACCAAAACUUUCGAACAAAUGAAAUCGAAGUUUAUCGACUAAUAGAAACAUAA